AUGUUCCGCCCAUUCCUCACCCGCGCUAUCCCCGCCCAGACUGUCGCCAAGCGUGCCCUCUCGACCGGCAUUCCCAAGACCUCGCCUCUUUGGACCCUCGGCCGCUUGAACCAUGUCGCCAUUGCAACUCCCGAUAUCGACCAGUCGACCGCCUUCUACCGCGAUUUGUUGGGUGCCAAAGUCAGCGCCAAAACCCCUCUUCCCGAGCACGGAGUGUACACAGUCUUCGUCGAACUGGGCAACACCAAGAUCGAGCUCCUCCACCCUCUCGGCGAGAACUCACCCAUCCAGGGGUUCCUUAACAAGAACAAGGCUGGCGGCCUUCACCAUAUUUGUAUCGAGGUCGAUGAUGUCUACAAGGCCGUGGAUGAUCUGAUGGCCAAGGGUAUUAAGGCCCUCAACCCUAUCCCCAAGAUUGGCGCCCAUGGCAAGCCUGUGGUCUUCUUGCACCCCAAGGAUUGUCAUGGUACCUUGGUUGAGCUCGAGCAGAGCUAA